AGUGGAUCUGAAACAGCGAGAAGAAGCAGCGCUUCAAAAUGGCGAUGGACGGUAUGUCCACGUCUGCAGCAGGACUACCAUACCAUCAUGUUUCCGAAUACUACACGAGGAAACUCGGUCCAAAGCCGGAUGUGGUGCCUUCUGGUGUAACUGAGAGGAAAAUCGGACCUGCAGAUAAACCUGACAUGGUUUCAGUGGACGUUAUCAACUUCAAGGACUCGGAUACACCAGUGCACAGGAAGAAACAAGAAACAGACACCCAUGCACUGGGCACCAUUCACCCCUUCCGCAAGUCACACAAGUCCAUCUUUAGCAAGUUCAUCCAAGAGUUCAACUUAGUCACUUCAGAUAGACGGUCAUGGAAGAUCCUACUGUUUGGGAUGCUGAAUGUAAUCUGCACAGCUUCUCUGCUGAUGUGGUGCAACUCCACAAACAGUAUGGCCUUAACAGCCUACACAUACCUCACCAUUUUUGAUCUCUUCAGUUUGAUUACAUGCCUCAUGAGCUCCUGGGUGACCAUGAAAAAACCAAGUCAAGCCUUUUCAUUUGGUUUUGAACGCUUUGAGGUGUUGGCAGUGUUUGCCUCUACAGUGCUGGUUCAGCUGGGCGCUUUAUUCAUUUUGAAGGAAAGUGUGGAACGUUUCAUGGAGCAACCGGAGGUGCACACGGGGCGUCUUUUAGUCGGGACCUUUGUGGCUUUGUUUUUCAACCUGCUGACUCUCCUUUCGAUCAAGAACAAGCCCUUUGUCUACGUUUCUGAAGCUGCCAGCACCAGUUGGCUACAGGAGCAUGUAGCUGACCUGAGUCAAAGUCUAUGUGGGAUCGUCCCAGCAUUGAGCAGCAUUCUUUUGCCCCGAAUGAAUCCCUUCGUUCUUAUCAACCUAGCUGGAGCUUUUGCUCUUGGAAUCACUUACAUGCUCAUCGAGAUUAACAACUAUAAUGCAGUGGACACUGUUUCUGCUGUAGCUAUCGCCCUCAUGACCUUUGGCACCAUGUAUCCCAUGAGUGUGUACAGUGGAAAGGUCCUUCUCCAGACCACUCCGUCCCAUGUCAUUGGACAGCUUGACAAAGUGCUUAGAGAGGUCUCUACACUGGAUGGAGUUUUAGAAGUCCGGAAUGAACACUUCUGGACAAUUGGCUUUGGCUCUCUGGCUGGCUCUGUCCAUGUGCGCAUCCGGCGGGACGCCAACGAGCAAAUGGUGCUGGCUCAUGUGACCAAUCGCCUCCACACACUUGUCUCCACACUCACUGUACAGAUCUUCAAGGACGAUUGGGUGCAUCCAUCCUUGUCCACUGGCCCUCUCAACCUCUCUGAUAUCACAGUUUCAUCUGGAAAGCAACUUGAAGAACCGGAGCCACUGACUUCCACUCCCUCUAAACCAAGCAGCCCGCCCGAGUUCUCCUUCAACACACCUGGCAGGAAUGUGCGACCUGUUUUACUCCCAAAUAUUCAUCAGCAACGACCUUAUAACUUGGGCCUUGCUUACGGAUCUUCUCCGUUCAAUACGAUGCUCAGUCAGGGCCUAACGCAACCAGGAAGCAGCCUAGGUGUGGGUUUGGGGACAGGACCAAGAAUCCCCUCCGUUCAGAGCUACAGGACUUCUUUUAGUGCAGCUCCAAACAUAUACGGAAGCAAUCUGCUGCCUUCACAGAGCAGUCAGUAUAAACACUGAUGUAUUGUCCAAGUUGGACUAAAACUUUGACUAAGAACAGGCUGAGCUGCAGAGGACCAAAACUAUAUUUAAUUAAUAGGACCAACAGUCUUCUCUUUUAAGGACUUUCUAAUUGCAUUAAUAUUUUUUUUGUACUAUUAAACAGAUCACAGAUGUUUAAAAAUGUAUUAUGUUGUUUUCCUGCUGCUGUUGCUUUAAGAGGGUUGUGUUAUAAGAGGUCAUGAUUUAUUCUAACUUUUGGAUUCCACAGGAAGCGAAUUGACUUGUGUUAAGAAGAUUUUGGUGUUUUAUGAUUUCAGAUUGCAGGUUAUUGUCUGCCCAAAAAUGCUUGAAUACAAGCAAAUAUCUGUAUUGCAUUUGAAAUCGGACACAAUUGAAUCAUCUAUUGUAAGAGGAUUAAAUUGUAUCCAGUAACUACAGAAAUCAAUUACUCAUAUCAAGUAAUGGUAAACCGUUUUGAUGGGAAAUAUGUCAGAUAUGGGAUAAUGUCAAAAUGCAACAUCUGCAUAAAUAUUUCUACUUAAGGGAAAUAUCUAGGUAUUGUUAUGACUGUAGCUGCAGUAGCUGUCUAUAAGACACCAAACUGAUUAUACCAGUUAAGAUGUGCAACCUAAAUAUAUAAAAUGUGUGGUGGUCUGAGAAAACAUGUCGAUAUUGCUGUGGCUGAAUUCCCAAAAUCUGUCAAAAAAUCUGAAAAAACUUGUAGGCAUUAUAAAGUCCUAAAAGUAGAUAAAGAGAACCCAAUUAAACAAAGGAGAUAAAAAAAAAAUUAUACUUCGUCAUUCAUUUGUUGAGGAAAAUAAUCCAAUAUUACAUAUCUGUAAGUGGCAAAAGUAUGUGAACCUUUGCUUUCAGUAUGUGGUGUGAGCCCCUUGUGCAACAAUAACUGCAACUAAAAGUUUCUGGUAAUUGUUGAUCAGUCCUGCACAUUGGCUUGGAGGAAUUUUAGUCCGUUCCUCAGUACAAAACAGCUUCCACUCUGGGAUGUUGGUGGGUUUCCUCACAUGAACUGCUUGUUUAAGGUUCUUCCACAUUUCUGUUGGAUUAAGGUCAGGACUUUGACUUGGCCAUUGCAAAACAUUAACUUUAUUUUUCUUUAACCAUUCUUUGGUAGAAUGACCCAUUUUCUCUUGAGAUUCUGUUCACGGACAAAUGUCCUGAAAUUUUCCUUUAUAAUUUGCUGGUAUAAGUCAGAAUUCAUUGUUCCAUCAAUGAUGGCAAGUCAUCCUGGACCAGAUGCAGCAAAACAUGCCCAAACCAUGAUACUACCACUGAUUUCACAGAUGAGAUAUGGUUCUUAUAAUGGAACGCACUGUUUUACUUUCUCCAACCAUAACAUUUCUCAUUUAAACCAAAAAGUUCCAUUUUGGGCUCAUCUGUCCACAAAACAUUUUUCCAAUAGCCUUCUGGCUAGUCCAUGUGAUCUUUAGCAAACUGCAGACGGGCAGCAAUGUUCUUUUCGGAGAGCAGUGGUUUUCUCCUUGCAAUCUUGCCAUGCACACCAUUGUUAUUCUGUGUUCUAAUGAUGGUGAAUUCAUGAACAUUAAUAUUAGCCAGUGUGAGGGAGACCAUUAGGUGCUUAGAAGUUACCCUGGGUUCCUUUGUGGCUUCACAGACUAUUACACAUCUUGCUGUUGGAGUGAUCUUUGUUGGUCAACCACUCCUGGUAAGGGUAACAAUGGUCUUGAAUUUCCUGUGAAUUUCCCCCAUCCUGAUUUCUUCUGUUUUUAUGUACAUCUCCUAUUAGAUUUUGUUUUCAUUUCUGAAACAAUUUAAGAUAAAACAAAGGCAACCUGAGUAAACACAAAAUACAGUUUUUUAAAUAAUAAUGUUAGUUAUUGAUGCAAAAAAAUUCUCCAUUAUCAACUGGGCCUGCUUGAAAUUGUAUUUGCCCCCACUAAUUCCACAAAUCUAUGAAAAUGCAUUCAUAAAUAGAACUUUUUCAACAGUAUGAAGUUGGUUAAAAGGUCUUUCCCUGUAACACACUAUGACAAAAUUGAAAGAAAUUCCAGAAAUGAUGAAGAAAGUGAUUGAAAUACAUCAGUCUGGGAAGGGUUACAAAAUUAUUUAAAAGGCUCUGGGACUCCAAAGUACCUCAGUGAGUCAUUAUCUCCAAAUGAAAAAACUGCACUGUAGUGAACCUUAUCAGAAGUGGUCGACCUUCCAAAAUUCCUCCAGAGCACAGCAAUGACUCACAAAAGAGCCAAGGACAACAUCAGAGGACUCUCUUGCAUCAAUUCAAUUCAGUUUUUAUUUGUGUAGCACUUUUAACAAUGGACAUUGUCCCAAAGCACCUUUACAGAAAUGUAUCAAUUCAGGAUAUAGAUUUUAAAUGUGUGAAUUUAUCCCUAAUGUGCAAGCCAGAGGUAAUGUUGGCAAGGAAAAACUCCCUUAAAAGUCAAUAAAGGUCAUUGUUCAUGACUCCACUAUCAGAAAGAUGCUGGGCAAAAAUGACAUCUAUGGAAAUUCACAGUGAGGUGAAAACCACUGCUGACCCAGAAGAGCAUUAAGGCUCAUCUGUAUUUUGCAAAACAACACGCCUUGAUGAUCCUCAAUCCUUUUGGGAGAAUUUUCUGUGGACUGAUGAGUCGAAAGUGAAACUGUUUGGAAGACGGGUCCUGUUACAUCUGAUGUAAACCAAACACAGAAUUCUACAAAAAGAUCAACAUACAUACGAUCAAGCAUGGUGGUGGAAGUGUGAUGGUGUGUGGAUGCUUUGCUUCUCCAGGGCCUGGACAACCUGCAAAAAAGUAACGGGCAACUUGAGGGAAACAUGAAUUCUGCUCUCUACCAGAAAAUUCUAAAGGAGAAUGUCUGGUCUUCAGUCCCUAUGUUGAAACUCAAGCACAACUGGAUUAUGCAGCAAGAUAAUGAUCCAAAGAAUAAUAGUAAAUCCUAGUCCUAGAAGUAAGUGAAAGACUGAGCUCCAGUUAUCUGAAGCGUUUGGUUGCAGUUAUUGCUGCUAAAGGUGGAACAAUCAGAUUUUAAUUUUAAGGGGGAAGUUAGUUUUUCACAGGGGUGAUAGUUGUUGGACAACUUUUUUUGCUUCAAUAAAAAAAAAAAAAAUUAAA